AUGGUUGCAGUAACGUGGAGUGUAUUUGGUGAACAUGUAUCAAGCCUAGCAGGUUUCACUGGGUCGCUGUGUGCAGGCAGACCGCGAAAGGUUGCAUUCAAUGAAGGUCUCACAGCUGGGACUGUUUUGUUUAAGUUUAAACAAGUUCAGAAUACUAUAUAUACUUUCCAUCAAGACUCCGCACCAGCGCUGAAUAUAUUUCAAAUAACACCCGCGGGAAUUGUAACAAAUAUUGUUACAUUAGAUCACGAAGACCAGAGAGGGAAUGAGUUCACUUUGACAGUGUUAGCGAAGAAAAGUAACAUUGGAGGAAGGUCGUCCCAAACAUGG